AUGGAUCCUGGUUACAAGCUUCUCCAACACAUCAAGACUGUCCCUAAUCUCAUUAACGAAGACCCUAGCAUUACUACUCCCAAGAACUCUACUUUUAUGGACUUGCCUUGGUCUGAGUUCUCUAAAUUAUUAGCUGACAAGAAGGUCCAACGUCGUCCCUCUGAUUCCUCAGCGAGUAGUUCUGCCUCUGAAUCAAGCGAUGAGUCUCCAGAAAACUUCUCUCUUGGCAAUUGGGAUUCUAUGACAGGUUAUCAAGAUGCUGAACAUAAAAAUACUUUCUAG